CAAAUAAUGAAAACUGAAAGGAGAACUCGGAUUGGCGAACUUUGAUAAUGACUUUAUCUACAAAUAACUUCCCCAAGGUUUUAAAUAUCGCGUGCAGACGGACGAGGCUACAUCCAUUUAGUUGUAAAUCUCCGCAAAGUUUAUUUUGUUCUCAGACUAUGGCUAGUUCAGACUUCAGUGCCUUCCGGGAAAAGUUUGGUAAGGCUAAAAACAUCGUAGUACUGACUGGUGCUGGCGUGAGCGCCGAAAGUGGUGUGCCGACAUUUCGAGGCGCCGGAGGACUAUGGAGAAAAUUUGCGGCGCAAGAUUUGGCAACUCCGGAGGCGUUUGCCAGGAACCCUUCCCUUGUGUGGGAGUUUUACCAUUACCGCCGCGAGGUCAUGGCUUUAAAACACCCAAACCCUGCUCAUAUAGCAAUAGCAGAAUGUGAAAAGAGACUAAAACCUCAAAACCGUGAUGUUACGGUUAUUACACAGAACAUCGACGAACUUCAUUAUCGCGCCGGCUCAAAGAAUGUUUUGGAACUUCAUGGCAGUCUUUUUAAGACGAGGUGCGUUCGAUGUCAUGAUGUUACAGUAAAUCGGGACAGCCCCAUAUGUGAUGCUUUGGCGGGUAAAGGUGCCCCGGACCUUUCAGCCGAGGAUGCCCGUAUUCCGGAAGAGAAUCUACCACGGUGCACCAAAGACAAUUGUGGCGGGUUGCUUCGACCGCAUGUUGUCUGGUUUGGGGAGAAUUUGGAUCGUUCAGUGCUCAAUGCAGCACAGCGAAAGCUAGAUGCAUGUGAUCUUUGCUUGGUGGUAGGAACAUCGUCUGUUGUCUACCCGGCGUGCUUAUUUGCCCCUGAAGUGGCCUCACGCGGGGUACCAGUUGCCGAGUUUAAUGUGGAACCGACAGAUGUCACUGACAGUCUUGGCUUUCACUUCCGGGGACCUGCCGGGGAGUGGCUUCCAAAAGUCCUGGGACCACACCCAGACGAAAAUAUUUAAGAUCGGAACAUUGUCAUAGAGAGCGUUUUUUUUUUUUUAAUUUUGGCUCAGAUUUCGUUAACGUAAAUUUUGCUUUGAAGUAUCGGAUUUAGAAUUUCACAUUGUAUUUUAUAUUUUUCCUCUGUUUUCUGAUCUCAUACUGUAAGCCUUUUAUAUUUGGCGUGUACAAUAUUUGGCGGAAAAAGGUUUUGAACAAGUUGGCGCGGAUUUUUAUAAUUAGCGUAUUCCUGAGAGUGACUUAUCUUAUACAUAUAUGCAUGGCAUAUAGCGAUGUACUUGAUUUAGCGGAAUUCGCUUUCAGCCAAAAACGGUAAAUAGAAUACACAGCCGAAAUAUUUUAUGCAGUACGUUUACAGGUUUUUAAUCCUAAGUAUAUAUUACAUACAUGUACUAUUAGCGUACUCUUUAGACAUUGAAUUCAUAUUUGUGUGAUGAACAGUUAAGCCCUUGAACUCAAACAGAUGAAAAUAUUUAACAGUAACAGGAAUUUUAUCCUUAAUCCAAAAAAUAUUCAUUUUCAUUAGAUUCAAAAUGAAAUGUAUAGCAAACUAAUCUAAAAGAAUGAAGUAUCACUGAACCAAUGAACUUGAAUGCCAGCAAGUGAUCUCAUAACAGAAUUAGUGAAGUUAUUAAAACACGAUUCUUAAAGUAAUUCCACAUGGCUUGACUUUGCAAUAGACAUUUAGCUCUGAAGGCAAGGACAAAUGUCAUCAUUGUUGUGAAUUUAAUCAUAAAAAAAGACUUCAAAUUUACAAACGAUUGUGAACAGUUUCAUAUAACGUGCACAUUAUAUUCAUGCACAUAUACAAUGUUUUUAUUUUGGUUUUCAUGUGUUGAAAAUAAACGGUUAUAUUUAC